AUGGCGGAUUACUCGUUUGGAAUGCCUGAUGCCCCACCAUUUGAAUUUGAACUUAUGCCGUUCGAAAAUCCAUUCAAGCAUAAUUCACACGUCCUAAAUUCUACUUUGAGCAACUUUUUCAAUCAACGUAUUACCGACCAGUCCUCUUACAUUCCUGAGUCCACCGAGCUAAAUCUGCUGAAACUUGAUCAAAUACUUGAAGACAUCCGAGAUUUCGAUGAAUGGAAUCAUGCUGUAUUACGCAUUCUCAAGUCAGCGGGUCUCAAGUCCCUCGUGGACAUCGAUAUCCCACGUCCAGAACUGAACAGUGAUGUGGGAAUGCAAUGGGCAUUUACGUCCAGACAGGUGACUCACUGGCUCGCGUCUAGUAUCUCAGAAGACCUACUCCAUUUGCUAAGGCUUAGAGGAGCUGAAGCUGUCUUCGCUGAUGAAUUCAUGGCUCAAGUCAGAGAUCUCGUUCCAACUAGUGGCUUUGACGCUGAUUGCAUCAGGGUCAAAAGAUUAAAUCGUGUCAAUCCUCUGGACUUCCCGAAAACAGUGUACUUUGUACGAGCUUACGCGAGAGAAUUUCGUCGGGUCCGAGAAGCUGGCAUCAAUUUGUGCCCAUACGGGGCGCUUUUAACUGUGCUAUCUGCGAUACCUUUGCGCCAUAAAUCCAUUCUGUCAUCCAUCUACACUGAUAUGGAUCAUGAUGUAGCUUAUGCUACACUGCAUCGGUUCUCCUUGUCUGAAGUCGUCACUGUCUUCAGGUUCGAGCAAUACAUUGAGAAGAUCGUGCAGUUGCUCUACAGCUUUGAAGCAGAUCCGGUCGAUACGAUGCCUGGUGAGAAAAGAAAGCGGAGUCAUUCGGAGCCUUCUGUACAGCGAUCGUCAUUUCAGGUGGUUAUGCGGCAACGGAAGCCGUAG